AUGAAAAGAGCAAGGGAAGAUGAUACUCGACAAGAUGACAUAAUCACUACACAGAAAAUAUAUUGCAAUUUUCCCCCAUGUAUACAACUAGAGUUUACUAAUUAUCAAGAAUAUGAAAGUCAUGUGGUAUCGACUCAUGAUUAUAUUUGUGAAUCUUGUCAGAAACCAUUUCCCAAUCAGCAUUUCCUACUACUACAUAUAGAUGAACAUCAUAAUCCGCUACUACAGAUAAAACGAGAUCGAGGAGAUCGAACUUAUGGUUGUUUCAAUGAAACAUGUCAGGAAACAUUCUUAAAUCCUAAUGAUAGACAAACCCAUCUUAUUGAAAUACAUAAUUAUCCUAAAGACUAUCCCUUUGAUAUUAUAAAUAAUGGUAUAUGA